AUGCAUUCUCCUUCCUCCGACGAAGUUGAUCAGCCGCCCUCCCAAACACUGAUAAAUCAACUCACUUCGCUGCUCGUCACGAGAGAACGUGAACUCGAGCGCAUGUUCCAGGAAUGCGCUCGCCAGACAGCUGCCCUGCACUCCAUGGAAGCCCAGUAUCGGGUCGCGAAGCAUUGUGUGCAUGCGGAGAAGGCGAGGAAAGAGGAAUGCCGGGCUAGCCUGCAGCGCCAACUUAACCUCCAAGAACGCUUGAAGCGAGAGCACGAGGCGGAGUUAUCCCUUCUCCGCACGUGCCUUGACGUCAAACAAGACACGAUCGCCCAGCAACAAGCAGUCAUUGACUCCUUACAUGCGGAGCUGGCUCGGGCUUUGGAUGUCCCUGAGUCUCCCGACAGGUCUUCACGCGGAAGUGCUCAUUCUCCAUGGUCAAUCCCUUCCACGAGUCAAAGCUGGCCUAUCACCAAUGGAGCCCUUUCAGAUCAUCUUCAUGUCAUACAAGGUGAAUCUAAAUUAUCAUGGGAUGAUCGUCUCAGGAUCGCCACAGAAUCUGCAGGAGCACUUGCCUACCUACACUCGGCUGCUUCUAUAUCUAUUUUCCACAGGGAUGUUAAGUCAUCAAAUAUUCUUUUAGAUGAUACUUUAAGGGCAAAGGUAUCGGACUUUGGAGCAUCAAAAUUUAUUCCUCUUGAUCAAACACACAUAGUUACUGUCAUACAUGGCACCUUGGGUUACUUGGAUCCGGAGUAUUAUCAAACUUGUCAAUUGACGGAAAAGAGUGAUGUCUAUAGCUUUGGAGUUAUUCUUCUUGAGCUUUUAAGGGAAAGAAACCUAUCUACUUAA